UAGACUUUAUUCGAAAACCUCUUGUCUUUCCGUCGGUGAGGGAUUGCUGUUACAUGACAGUCGAAAGGAAACGUACAGAGCGACAUCUGAACGACGCAUGCGCAUAGUUACUAGUUAAAUUAAUGGACGCCAGUGUUCCGAACAGUUCAAAAUUAGCGGACAUAUUGAUUUAAUUUCUGUGUGGUUCCCUACCAAUCUCUCAAGCUGUCGUCCCCGCCAUCAUCACAAGCACUGGACCAAGAUCCUACUGCCAGUGACCACACCAGGAUGGCAGUCUCCCGGGUGCCGACACCUCCACCACCGGAGAUGUCAUGCCCUGUGGCAGAAAAUUGGUGUUAUACACAGGUGAAAGUAGUAAAGUUUUCCUACAUUUGGACCAUAAAUAAUUUUAGUUUUUGUCGAGAAGAAAUGGGUGAAGUAUUGAAAAGCUCAACCUUUUCUGCGGGAGCUAAUGACAAAUUGAAAUGGUGUUUACGGGUCAACCCUAAAGGACUUGAUGAAGAAAGUAAAGAUUACCUUUCUUUAUAUUUAUUAUUAGUUUCUUGCAACAAAAGUGAAGUUAGGGCUAAAUUUAAAUUCUCUAUUUUAAAUGCCAAACGAGAAGAAACUAAAGCAAUGGAAAGCCAAAGGGCAUAUAGAUUUGUGCAGGGAAAAGAUUGGGGAUUUAAAAAAUUCAUUAGACGAGAUUUUUUAAUGGAUGAAGCCAACGGGCUUUUACCUGAUGACAAGUUGACAAUAUUUUGUGAGGUGAGUGUAGUUGGGGAUACAGUAAAUGUUUCUGGACAAAGUAAUUGUACACCUGUUAAGGUGCCUGAAUGUCGACUCAGUGAUGACUUAGGUGGUUUAUUUGAACGGUCUUCUUUUAGUGAUGUUACGUUAUGUGUUGGCGGUCGAGAGUUUCAAGCACACAAAGCUAUUUUGGCUGCCCGCUCCCCUGUAUUUAAUGCAAUGUUUGAGCAUGAAAUGGAAGAAAGAAAACAGAACCGUGUGGAAAUAACAGAUGUAGACCAUGAAGUAAUGCGAGAAAUGUUACGCUUUAUUUACACUGGUAAAGCACCAAACUUAGAGAAAAUGGCAGAUGAUCUUUUAGCAGCAGCAGAUAAAUAUGCUCUUGAGCGAUUGAAAGUAAUGUGUGAAGAAGCACUUUGUUCCAGCCUCACCAUUGAUAGUGUCUGUGAGAUACUAGUCUUAGCAGAUUUACACAGUGCUGACCAGCUCAAGACACAUGCCAUAGAUUUUAUAAAUAGCCAUGCUACAGAUGUCAUGGAGACAACUGGCUGGAAGACACUCAUACAGAGUCACCCCCAUUUAAUUGCAGAUGCUUUUCGGGCACUUGCAAGUCAACAGUCACCACCAUUGGGUCCACCACGUAAAAGAGUGAAGCAGUCGUAAAAUUCAGCUACAUUAGAUUCCUGCUCUUUCCUGCAGUUUAUACUUCAACACUUACUCUUGACCUCAUGGAAGCCAUUGUUUGCUAAAUCUUUUUCCCUGUUCAUCACAAUUUCUUCAGAAUUAUUGAGCAUUUAUUACUGCUGUCUCCAAAAUGAAGUCAUCUUAUGAUUUUAUAUUUUUGCUGCUACUUCAUGGCCACCACUGUCUUAUCAAAAAUAACUGCCUUAUUUUUAAAAGUCUGCAGCAUUUCAUCUUAAAAUUUGUCAAAUUGGAUAUCAUGCAGUACAAAAUAGGAUUGUGAUGUAACAGUUUGAAUAAAAGCGCAGUUUUAUGGUGAAAAUGGAUGAAAAUCUGAGGAGUAUCCUAUGGAAAAAGAUGUGUCAACCUCACCAACCCAGUGUGAGUUGUCAUUUUCAUGGCCUCACUAAGUUUCUGCUCCUAGAAACGUUUUAAAGCACCAGAUAGUCAAAGAGUAGAAUUGGUAUCUCUGAUUUUUACAGAAGCGAGUACUCUUAACAUUUCUACAAGAGUUUACUGGCUGUCGGAGGUCCUGUUUAUAUUGACUGUUGUUUCCACCAAGUCAUUUAUUUAUUAAAAAAAAAAAAGAAAUAAAAAAUAUAUAUAAAUACAUAGAGAAACACAGACAGACUGAUAUACACAUACGUACACAUGUACAUACACCUGUUAAAAAACAAAAAAAAAACCCCCAAAAAAACAAAACAGCUCAUGUCUGCCUUUUCCAUCUUAACUUCAAAAGCUACACCUAUUCAGUAGUUUCCGUACUGAUUCCUUGUGAAAGCUAACCGGCAAAAUGUCUUACCUUGUUGGAAAAGUUUGGCAUGAUAGCAGAACCAUUACAUUCUAGUGAUAUUUAUGUAAGUAGUUCAAUGAAUGUUAUGAAAGGAACAUAUUGUUUUCAUAAUUCAUUUUUGAUUAUUGAAUAAACAUUCCUUGGUGGUACUAUA